ACAAAAGAAAAAAUCAAUAAUUCCGAUUGAUAGAAAUUUGUGGUAUUUGUGAAAAAGUCACAAAUUCGUACGAUUUGAUCUUUAUCAGAAAAGAUUAAAUGCCACAUGCAAGGACGAUUAUUUCAGACAAUUAUCGGAAAAGUUCCUCCCUUUGGGCUUUGACUCGGAAGCCGUAUGGGAACUCUAUAUCUGCAGUGCUAAACAGAGGACUGAGAACAAGAAGCAGCACCCAAAUUAGAGGGGAAAAAGAAUGGAAGUAGGUUCCUGGUUGAGCUUGGCAAUCCUCUUAAUCCUUGUUUUUGUGUCAAAAUUGUUUGUACAAAAACAUCGAAACAAUAAAAAUUACCCUCCCAGUCCCCCUUCUCUACCAAUUAUUGGGCAUCUCCAUUUGCUGAAGGAACCAUUUCAUCGAACACUUGAUGAGCUAUCUGCAAAAUAUGGGCUUGUGUUGCUUCUCCGAUUUGGGAGUCGUAAAGUCCUAGUAGUUUCUUCGCCAGCUGCAGUUGAGGAGUGCUUCACAACUAAUGAUAUCAUCUUCGCAAAUCGCCCGCGCUUGAUUGCUGGAAAACACCUGAAUUACAACUACAGGACAAUAGGAUUGUCCUCCUAUGGAGAACAGUGGCGCAACCUUAGACGGCUAGCGUUCUUGGAGCUUUUCUCUACUGCUCGUCUUGCCAUGUUUACCAAUAUUAGGCAAGAAGAGGUCCUGCUACUGACAAAGCAAUUAUUCCAGGACUCAAGUGAAAAAGAGGUUAAAAUGAAGCUGUCAUCCAAGUUUGUUGAUCUUGCUUUCAAUGUUAUGAUGAGGAUGGUGGCAGGAAAACGGUAUUAUGGGAAGGAUGUAGUAGAUAAAGAAGCAAUUGAAUUUCGGGAUAUUAUGAGAGAAUUUGUAGAAAUCCAUGGGACCAUGAAUUUGAAUGAUCUUUUCCCAGUGCUGCAAUGGGUUGAUUUUCAAGGCGUGGAGAGAAGAAUGAAAAGAUUGAUGAAGAAAAUGGAUACCUUUUUGCAGUACCUGGUUGAUGAGCACAAGAAAAUGAGGAAUGAAGCGUCCUUGGUGUCAUCAGGCGGAAGGAAGAUGACAUUGAUUGAUGUCAUGAUAUCACUGCAAGAGACACAACCAGAACUCUAUACUGAUUUGAAUAUCAAAGCUGUUGUCCUGACUAUGCUGGUUGCCGGAUCAGAAACUUCAGCAACUACCAUGGAAUGGGCGAUGUCACUCCUCCUCAACCAUCCAGAAGCAUUGAAAAAGGCAGUGGCUGAGAUAGACACCGUUGUUGGAAUAGACCGUCUACUAGUUGAAGCAGACCUAUCAAAGCUGAAUUACCUGCAAAAUGUAAUCCAUGAGGCAUUUCGAUUGUAUCCAGUACUUCCCCUUCUGUUGCCACAUGAAUCUUCCAAUGACUGUAAAGUCUGUGGCUUUGAUGUGCCACAAGGCACAAUGUUGCUGGUCAAUCUAUGGACCAUUCACAGAGACCCUAAGCUAUGGUCAGAGCCAACUGCCUUCAUGCCAGAGAGAUUUGAAAGUGGAGAGAUUGAAGGGUAUAAGCUAAUUCCAUUUGGUGCUGGAAGGAGGGCUUGUCCUGGAGCUGCUCUUGCGAGACAAGUGAUAGGACUAGGAUUGGGUGCUCUAAUUCAGGCCUUUGAAUGGGGCAGGAUUGGCGAUGAAGAGAUUGACCUGACGGAAGGAACAGGACUUUCCAUGCCCAAAGCUGAGCCCUUGGAGGCUCUGUGUAAGCCUCGCCAAGCAGUAAUCAAUCUCCUCUCGGCCUUGUAAACUGUAAUGAAGAAUUUUCUCAGCAUGCAAGCAAGGAAAACGGAGUUCUUGCUUUGCUCAAGUAUUCAUACCCCUGUAUAUAUAUAGUUCUCUAUAAUUUCUCCAAGUGAAAGACGCUGUACUAUGGACAAUAGCCAAUAAAAUCUUGGAAUAAUACAAGCCUAUGCUUCUCAAA